UUUCAUCCCGUAUUACACAAUGUACUAUUACAUUAUUUGCAUUUAGCCUGCAAGUUUCAAUACCUACUUUACUAGUCGAAACAAGCUAAUGUGAGACCGAUGCGAUUUAUUAAGAAAAAACAUUGACAUCUGAAGAAGACUUGAUUUUUAGAAAUCGAACUGAAAAUAAUAAUUUUCCGAAAGUUGAAAAAUUUCCAUUUAAUCAGUCACCAUGGCCGUGAGGUAAAUAGGCUUACCUCUCGAAAUUAGUCAGUGGCCUAAUGUGGGUUUGAACCUCAGUGUUAGCCGGAAAAAUAAUUUUGUGGGUUUCAACCUGCCGCUGGUCUUACAAAAACCCCUAAGUCUCAAGGAAGCGCUUCUAACAGUAUAUAAUUGUUAAUGAUUCUAGCAGUUAAUAGUGACUUUAAAUGACAAAAAAAUAAUAUUUCCAUUUCCUUAGUAAAAAGUUGAAAAUAGAAGUUACAUUUAUUAUUAAUGGAUUUUUUUCAUGGGUAUUUUAUUAAUAGAACUUCCACUAAUGUUUAUUUGUCACGGAUCUUUUUAAGCACAGCUAUUCCUUUAGUUAUGUGGGUUAUUAUGUUGCUAUAUAUAUUUAUAUGUACAUAUAAAUCGGUAUAAACGUUUAUGCUUAUACAUUCUAGAAUAUGGCUAUAUGAAUAGUCGAAUAAUUUCCUAAAACCCUAAAACCUCGACUAUUUUGGUCGUUAUAGAAGAUACAGUUUUAUUGCAUCGUAAAUCGAUAAAAAUAAACUAUUUUAAAAACAUUCUAAUUAAAUAAUCAAGGAGAGGUGGCAUUAUGAGUCACCUGACUCCAAAUCUAUCAUACAAUUUAUGAAAUAAAUAUGUUGACAUUGUUUGCUAGCAUUUAAUUGUGUUAUCACUUCUGAUCUGUAACAUUGACUAAACUACAAAAACUUCGUAAUCAGUUGCUAUUUUAGGGAACAAAUUUUUGAAACCAAAUAUUAUUUGACAUAAAGGAGCUACACCAAGAUGGAUAUACAAAAAUCGGCAUCGAUAUUCAUAAUCAUCUUCGCAUUGGCUGACAGUUGUAGUCCUUUCUUUCAACCAAAUAUUGUUGAAAAACAUAAUGAUAUAAAUUUAUCACGGUGGACUGUAAUCGUCCGUCAACGUACGAUGACGAGAUUUAUAUUCAAUGAUACUGUACAGUAUGGUUCUCUAAUUCAUUUUCAAGCUGUUCUUACAUUAAAUACAACACUCAUAAACAUGCCUCACACAAAUUUCACUUGCAUUAGUAGUUGUCAAAUAUUAGAAACAAGCAAGAAUUUAGAUCAUUGUCAUAAUAGACAUGUUAUCAAAGUCAUAAACGUAAGUCGCAAGGGAGUAACUCAAUAUAUGGACUAUAAUAAUUUUGUUAUAUUGGUUCUUGAGUCACCUUUUCUUAGUGAAAACGCUAAUGUGAUCAAUUUAGCAAGGAGUGAUGAUUUAAGAAUUCUUAAUGACAAUUGUUAUUUUUAUGCUUUAACAGCAUCUAUAAGAGAACAUCGUUUGCUUGAAGUUCAGAAAUAUUUGACUGCGGCUCCAUAUAGGUUUGAGAUGAUCAAUGGAAAAGUCAGAAGCUUAACUCACAUUGUUGAUGCUAAUGAACAAAUCAAUGACAGCAUAAUUCUAUUAACGACGGAUUAUUGGGCUAAUCCAGUGAUAUGUCAAGAUCAGUAUGACUCCAGUAAAUAUUUUCAUAUUGGGUUUCUAAACAUUCAUAUCAAAAAUUUUACCUUCGAUCCAUUCGAACUUCAACUGACUGAAUCAUUGAUAUUAAUUUUUCAACAAGAGAAGAUAUAUAAAGAAAUUGAUGAUUAUUUUAUAGCCACUAAAAACAAUAUUCUUUGAAAUAAUACUGAUAUAAUGCUUUAUGAGGUUAAGGACGAGACAAGAUAAUUUCAGGCUAAAGCAAGGUUUUCUAAGAGCAACCAAAGUACAAUAUUGUCUUUUAUCUCGUGCUACUUUUGAUAAUCUUGGAAUAAACAGACUCCUUGAACUGUCUUGAUAAUAAUUUUUAAAUAGCUAUUUCUUAAGACCUAA